AUGUCCGCAAUUGUUGUCUCCCGCAAGUUUAAACACGCUGCGCUUUUGUAAUAGAACUCCAAGUGUUUACUGAUCUUUUUAAAGCACAUGGUGUGCUUUUGGCAGGCUUCUUCCAGAAAUGGCAUCAAAAAUUAAAAACACUUCUCUGAUUACGAUUAUGGAAACUAACAUUCAAUUCGAUCUUUUUUUCUUUCAGCGUGUUCAUUCAUGGUCCCAAUCGAGAGACCGCAAAGUUUUGAAAUCUGCAAAAGUGAACACAAAGAAUGCACCUCUAUCCGUUACAUGCCAGAGGAUAAAGCUAAGUUCUUGGACUGCCGUUUGGCCUGUGCAAGACGACGAGGUUUGUGUCUUCUUAACAUUUGUGUUUCGACUGUUCGUCGCUACCGUUUGUUACGUCUCCUUAGUGUCGCAUAUUCGUAUGCUAAAUUGGACUAAGUGCAAAUAUGGAAUAGCUGAUUUUCUUCCAGAAAACCUAACUGAGGAUUUGACCGCCUACUUUUGUGAGAAACCUGCAAUGCCGUGCACUCCAUACAAGGUAUCUGGACGGAAAGCCUAUAGCGAGAACUUCGAAAGACACGUGCUGUGUGUUCAGGUUUGUCACUUUGUUGAAAAGGGUAAGCAGCCACAUCGUGCAUCCAAGAAUUCUUGUUAUUCACUCUCUUUACCCGACAAAUUAAUGCACAAAUGUGCAAGAGUAUACCAUAACUCAUUUGCAAUCUUAAUUUGCUGAUAGCUGUAUUACUACGUGGGAAUUUGUCCUUCAAUUUUAGCUGAGCGUAGCUGCGCGAGUGCGUUUUCAUUGUCUUCAGACACAAAGGAUCCACCCACUGCUAUACGGAGAAUAAACGGAAGCUUUGACGCCUUCAACAAAUGUACUUUUAAAUGUGAUGGAUGGACAAAUCGUAAGCCUUUAUGAUUUUGUACGAGAUGGUUUAGUUUAUUUUCUAAUUGUAUUGUUCUGUCUCGCCAGAAUGGUUGAUACAUAGUGCCAUUUUUGUUAAAGUGGAGAACACCCAUGAAAAUAUCGCCUUCUUCAGUAUCCCGAAGGUCGCGUUCGCGGAAGCCAAAUACUUCUCGAACCCAAAAGGAGGAAAUGCGUUCGCCGGCCUAAAGAACUGCUUGCGAACGUGCAUGUUAGGUGAUAAAGAAUUUCGCUUUAAUGUACCGCAACAUGCGCGUAGGGCUGGUUCCAGAGUACCCCCUUUCAGUUGAAUUUUCGUAAGUUUUAUGCAAUAUAUGUGAUGAACUCAAAGUGUUUCGAAAGCAAAAGCAUGUCUGAAUCUGUACCCCGAGAUCUACUAAAAUUCUGGCAGCAUCUUAUACAUGACUAUUAGCGUAUGAAAACUAACCGAAAUGCUUGGACCAUUUACACCCAUCUACAUGAUGGGAUAUAAUUGGAAAUAAGGAAUAUUUGGGAGGCAGUAAACUUUAUUGUUAACCUUUUAAGACUGGUUCCCCCGCUCGUUUUCAGAUAACGGGCGUGCAAAACAAGUAACUUAUGGAUCGAGUCUGACAAAGGAUUCUAGGUUUGGUUAACGUCAUCUUCUCGGGAUUGGUUGGAUCCGUUUGAAUCUGUUCUUAACGAUUUUGUAUAUUCUCUUCGUGAUGCCGUAUAUAGUGGCCAAAACAGGAAAUCAGUCUCAACCCGUAUACAUGAACAUCAUUUAACAGUAAAGGGACGUCACAAUCUAUCGCAGGUGACCAGGCGCAAUUUGUAAACUGGACAAAAAUUUCCAUGGGGAAACACUCGCAUUGUUACCGCCUGUCCAAUUAAGAAGGGCCGCGAAUUCUUGGAGCCAAUGCACCCAGACGAGGCAUGCAUCAACCGGCAUAUCGACCUAGAUGUGACAAACAAAAUCGUUAAGGACAGAUUCAAACUGACCAAACCAAUUGCGAUAAGAUGACGUUAACCAAUCCUAUAAUCAUUUGUUAGACUUGGUCUAUACGAUGAUUGCAUUUUUCGCCCGUUGUCUGAGGACGAGCUGAGGAACAAGUCUUGAAAGUUUACACAAUAAACUUUAUUGUUGCCCGAAUAAUUCCAUAUUCCUAAAUAUAUCUGUUGGGAUGAGUUUUUUAUUUGGACUGAGUGUUUGGUUAUAAUACCGUUGUGUGAAAAACGCGUACCAUUUAUUGACUGCGUAAACGUUGAUAGUUGUCAAAUUUUAGAUGAAAACAUUCGAAAUCAUUUUCAUUGAAUCGACCGCGUAGAUUGCAAAUUAAAACGGUAUAUAAUUUACAAGGGCAUUACAGUUUUAACGCAAAAUGUUUUUUUGUGUUUUAGUGCAAGCGCGUGUUAUGAGACUCUUACGUGGACAACGCUUAUUUUAUUCUCCAACUAUUCAUUUACGUUUGGAAUUUUCUGUGUUAAAAAUAAAUGUUUGACAGUUCUAUUAUGCACGAAUCCGGAUUUACAAAACGCGCAAGAAAUAACCAAGAUUGUUGACUCCGCAAGACCCCUGAAACUUUAG